AUGGGAUUACUCCGCACAAUAGCGCUGGUAAUUCUUGGAAUUUCUGGCUUUGUAUUCGUCGCUCUCUUCGGCAGAUUACCUGCAUUUCGCAAAACUCCAAUUGGGUUUCUUCACAGGGCGCUUUGGAUACAUAUCCCCAAUGGAUUCGCAUACUUCGAUGAUCGACUAUUCAGUGGCCGGCUUUUCUCCUGCUGUAGUCGAGCUGCUAAUUAUGUUCUCAACGAGAACCACCCGCUUGUUCUUAUAUUCUUUGCCUCGCUUCUAGUAGCAGGCCAAUGCAUGUUCAUUCCAGCCGCUUGGCCGAGGAUUUCCGUGACUCAUCAUGUCUGGAUACCGCUGGCUGUACUCCUCCCUUAUUACUUCCUUUAUGUGAGCAUAACCACCAAGUCCUUCAUCACGACCAGAAACCACGCGGAGGAGGUGGAACGCUACCCUUACGACCGGGUGAUUUUUCAUCCAGGACACCGCUGCAGUACGUGUCGAUUUGUUAAGCCGGCGAGGAGCAAGCACUGCAGCACUUGCAAAGCGUGUGUUUCCCGACACGACCAUCACUGUGUAUGGCUUAUGAACUGUGUGGGGUUGCAAAACUACCACUAUUUCCUGUCGCUAAUAGUAUCGCUGUGCGUCAUGCUCACUUAUGGCUCGUGCCUUGGAUACACUCUGCUGUAUCAGACCUACGACAAAUUGGUUCCUGCAGACAACCCUCUACGACGCGAGCGUCAAGACUGGAUUACCUUUUUCAACAUCUGGGCUGUGGUGAUUGCUGCUGAUGUUCGCAUCGGCGCAACGACCCUGUUGAUGACCAUGACAGCUCCUUUGGCGGGGGCUUUCCUUGUCUACCAUACCUAUCUGAUUUGGGCCGGUAUGACUACUAAUGAAAGCGCCAAGUGGUCAGACUGGAAGGAGGAUGUGGCCGAUGGCUACGUGUACAAGUCAACCAAAGGCGAAAUAUAUGGCAACUCCCCCUUGCUCGCAGAAUAUCAAGGGUCUCAAACAGACUGGCCCAUGAGUAGCGAGCAGAUUCUCGCUCUCACUGACGGAGAAGCACCCAAGGAAGGACACCUACUGUCUCCGGAUUCCAACGAGAUUUCGCAGCCCAGCAGCGGGGAUGCUGCUAUCGACCCGCGGUGGCGUCUGGUACAUAGCAUGCGCGAGAUUGAGAAUAUCUAUGACCUGGGAUUCUGGAACAACCUGCGUCACGUGUUUGGGCUUUCGAUCCGACCGAAGUUGUGCUGCUGUUCACCAACAAGCACCACUCCAUUUUACCCCCCCUCAAAGAUGGCCGACCGGCCAGCAGCAGCAGCGGAGAUGAAACCCAAGUGCACCCCCGCAGAGCUUAUGCUAAAGGUCAUUCUAACGGGGACUCUGAGCCAUUAUGAAACCCGCGGGAUGAUCGACGAUAAACGUCUAGAACACAUGCUAUCUGCGGGCAAGCAGAUUCUCUACAAGACACAUCAAGAAAGCGAUGUCAGGCAUAAUCUCGGCCUGUCACCAGACAUCUGGCAAGGAUUCACCGAUGUUCUGACCAAGGCAAUCCCUGUACUCGAGUCGCAGUCAUUUGCUUGGAAAAGUCCCCCAAACGCCAACUACGACCACUCCUCCUCCAACCUCAUCGCCUACAACUACUUCUCGCUUGUUAAGGAUAUUGAGCGCUUGAAUGAUUUGUGUACCAUCGCCCGCAAUCUUCUCGCCACCACCAAGAAGGCCCAGAAUAUGGCGGCGGAAAAAGGCUUCGAUCAGCGGAUCCUAGCACUGGUCGACACCUGUGUGAGAGUGACGGCGCGGGGAUUUGACGGGGAAACGAACGCACGGAAUGAGGAGCGGUGGCAGAAAGUCGUCAACCUUUACAAGCGCCUCUUGAUAACGUGCCUGCAGUUCAUGCACAAUUUUAUCAUGCAUAACGAGCAGCGGAAGAUGGUUUUGUGGCUGGACCUUUUCGGAUACCAUUCGACUGGAGAUUCAAACAUCAUUCAACCGAGAGAGCCGCUUGACCCGGCAUUCGCGCAGCCGGAAGGGAUGGCGCCGAUUGUCAAGACCGGAGAACGGAUAGUCAACCCCCCGAUCAGGGCGCUCUAUGACCAGACUGCGGAGGAUUUGCUUCUGGAGACGAUUUCCAAUUUCCCGAGGGAACCCGCCACGAUCAAGGAGGAGGCAGCCAUGCUUCUUCUCGCGAACAUCAAAGAUCACAUGGAGAAACUGCUCGGGCGCGACCUGACGGCCAUACAGGAAAUGGGGAAGGACCCGGAACAGGUCAAGGAGAUUCGCGCGGCUCUGACUGCUAUUCUCGGGGCCAAGGUCGAUGGGUGGUCUGAUCUCCAAGACAGAGCCAAAGACCUUCCGCCAGCCCUUCCGGAAGAUGAACCACCCCGCAAGAAGGCGAUCGUGUCGAUAGACCGAAGUGCAACAGCUGGUUUCCCACGAGUCUGUUGGACCGAUCUUCCUGAUCUGAGCGAAUACGGGGCGCUUUCAGCUGGUGACGCAGUUGUCAUGGAGGAGGAUAUGAAUAUGCCCCGGUCUGCGCAGUCUGCAGCCGAAACUUUACAAGAAGCCAAGGACGAGUUGAUGGCACGCUUGCAAGAGAGCUCCCAGAUUGGAGGGGAUGGAGACCAGGACUACGAUACUGGGGACGCGGGCACAGUUGGUGAUGACGACUCACGCAGUCUGGAGGCAGUCGCGGAUGGAAGCAUGGAGGAGGAAGAGGAAGACGACGACGAGGAUGACGAUGACUACCGCGGCCGUCCAGGAGACCAACAACGCGGCCUACUGACAGACAUUCCGCUUGUGCUAGGUCCGGCGGAGAUUGAAGCGCUUCCGAUGAUCAUCCAAGCGGGUAUUGUUGACAGCUUCGGACUGAAGGGCGGGGAGAGAACGGGGUCGCGGAAUAUGCAGGCCCUGCGAUGCCAUAUUCUGCUCACGCAAGAAACCGGUCGAAACCUUCUAAGAGAACUGUUGAUCUUCAUUGCUGCUUGGGAUCUCCCUGAUGACGAGCUCUACUUCAAGAUGAUGGUGCAGAUCAUGGAUGCGGUCCUGAAAAAUGGUCUUAUGUCCCAUGCAUACUCUGAUUUCGGCCAGCCUAAGGAUAUCAUCUCUCCUGCGCAAGCAGUCGUGGUCAAAAUACUCACCCAUAUCUUCCGAGCCAAGUAUUCUCCGGCUUCGGUCACUGGCACUCCUCAGCACGCCUCAACUAAGAAUCCGGCUCCUCUGUCGCGAGUUGAUAUCCUAACCGUUCGCUACAUCUUCACCAUCUUCCGAGGCAACAUCAUCCCUGAGACCUGCGCCUUGAUUUACUUGCAGGGUCAAAUCCGAGCCGGAAGAGCCUUGCCAGAGGACUUCCCGUUGAACCUGUGGGAUAUGGAGCGAGUUUACGAAGGUGUCUACCAGUUUUUGGAAUUUUUCGCUGUGUUGACUGAGAACAACGAUUGGAAGAACCUGCUUGUCAAAUGGGAGAUUGUGUAUGACUUGGUGACAUUGAUUAAGGAGCUUGAGGCCAGCAUUCCCAAGGGCCAGCUGAGUUCUCUUACUGUGGGACGCAACAGCCCCUCCAGGGAUCAUCAAUCCAACUCGAGCUCCGGCCCUGUCGCAGUUGAAAGACCAUACGAUCCCGGUGACCCCGACCCGGUUGAUGCUGGGCCCGGAUCGCGAGCGGAGUCGCCGCCCAUUACAGAGGAUCCUUCGGAGUUCGAGUGGCGCAAUCUCAAGAAGCUGGUUGUGCUUGUUCUCUCGUCUCUGGUGUGGAAGUGUCCGGAGGUCCAGGAUCAAAUCAGGCGCUACGGGGGUGUGGAGACUAUCCUGUCCUGCACCAACUUUGAUGCUCACAACCCCUACAUCAAAGAGCAUGCUGUGAUGUGUCUGAAGUUCUUGCUCGAGGGUAACCGCGAGAAUCAGAAAAUGGUCGAAGAGCUGGAAGCGCGCGAGGUGGUUAAGGACGAUAAUGGAGUUCUGGAGCGAAGCGGUCUGGAAGCUAUCAUUGACAAGGCAGGGAAACUGGCCCUUCGACCCAGAGAGGAGCUCUGA